UUUUUUUUCACUUAAACUUUUUUUAGAAAUAGUUUUUUUUUUUUUCUUUUUUUUAAAAAAAAAAUGCCAAUUCUUUCAGUUGCAUCUACAAAUAAUAACACCAACGAUGUUAUUUCUACAAGAGUUUCCAAUAUGCUUAUAGAAAAGCCCCAGCAAGGCUGUUGUUCCAUAGAUAAUCCCUGCUGUAAGCAUUCCAUCAUCAAUAAAAAUGAUGAUAAACUUGAUGCAACCAACAUCAACUUGAAUAGCACUGUAUCUUCUUUGACUCAAGCUAACCAAAAAAAGAAAAAUACUUCCUUACUUUCUCGUAAUGAAAAUGAAUCUUGGGUGGAUAUUUCUGAUAAAAGAUUACACAGUACUCGUUUAGGUGCACUUUAUGAUGGCUCUCGUUUUAAAGGUGUACAAAAAUGUGGAAUUAGUAAAUAUAAUGUGGUUGUUGAUAUUCAGCACGUUGACAUAAAUGAAAGUAAAAUUAGUGGAUAUCUUAAUAUUGAAGGGCUUACAAAUGAGUGUCCUGAAUUAACGACAUUUUUUGUUGGGGAGAUUAUUGGUCCUAAAUAUCCAUUUUUAACGAGAAAAUGGCAAGCACAACAAUAUAUUGAUGCUUUACAUUGGGGUAAAUUUCCUUCAUUUGAACCUUAUAUCGAUGCUUUUAAUGAAGAUGAUUUUACAUACGAUCCUUUUGAAAGUGACUUUAUCUAUAUGAGAUGGAAAGAGCACUUUUUAGUACCUGAUCACUGUGUUAGUAAUAUUGAAGGAGCGAGCUUUGCGGGAUUUUAUUAUAUUUGUUAUCAAAGAUCAACUAAUGAAAUCAAGGGAUUUUACUUUUACCAUAAUAAUCCAGAAUGGUUUCAACAAUUAAUAUUGGAACAUGUUGAAGAACGUUCGUUUGGUAGUUUUGAAUUUCGUUGAUUUUAUACCUUUUUAUAUUCUAUUGUAAAUAAUAUAGUAAUGAAGAAGAAUGUACAUUUACCAAAUAAGACAGGAUUGUUUAGUUAGUUUUGUGACAGUAAGAAAAGGAAUAAUAAAACUGGAGCAAUUCAUUUUGAUUUGCCUAACAAUCAUGGCUAUAAUAAAUUGAGGGCAAAGGCAUAUGUAAAUUAAUAAAAUUAUGAUAUAUCACUAUAAAGUUGUAAUAGUAGGCCAUUAUACCUUCUUUCUUUUUUUUUUUACCGGGAUAAAUUAGCUUUGUUUAUGGUGAAUUAAAGUCAAA